UCUCUCUGCUCAGUCCUGGAACUAUCCAGAGAGCAAAGUCAGAGACAGAUCCGAAGGGACAGACAGAAACUUGGCAGAGAGAAGAGCCCCCACAAGAGAACAGAGGAGACAUUGGAAAACCCAACGUGAAGAGAGGGGGCCCCUCUCAGACCAAAAGGGUGCCCUCCCACCCUUUCUUGUCUCCCCCCACCCAGGUUCCUGGCUUGCAGUUUCUAUUUGCUCUCUUGGGGUUCCACCCUUUGGGGCAUGCAGAGGCUCAGACUCUAGUCUCUCUGCCUCCCGGGUGCCCCUAGACUUCCCAUCAUGUCAGUUGCUGUAGAGACGUUUGGAUUCUUCUUGGGUAUGCUGGGGCUAGUGAUGCUCGGAGUGACCCUUCCCAACAGCUAUUGGCGUGUGUCUUCUGUCCAUGGCAAUGUCAUCACAACAUCAACCAUCUUUGAGAACCUCUGGUACAGCUGCGCUACAGACUCCACUGGCGUCUACAACUGCUGGCAGUUCCCCUCCAUGCUUGCCCUGUCUGGAACUAUCCAGGCUUGCCGGGCACUCAUGAUCGCAGGUAUCCUUUUUGGCUUCCUGGCCUUCUUUCUAGGCAUUGUUGGCCUGCGCUGUACACAGAUUGGGUCUGUGACACCUGGGGCCAAGACCAGGCUAGCUGCUACUGCAGGGGCCCUGAACAUACUGGCUGGUAUUUGUGGGAUGGUGACCAUCUCCUGGUAUGCUUUUAAUAUCACCCAAGACUUCUUUAACCCCUUGAUUGCUGGGACCAAGUACGAGCUGGGUCCUGCCCUCUACCUAGGCUGGAGUGCCUCCCUGCUCUGCAUCAUCGGGGGUAUUUGCCUCUGUAACCAUUGCUGCUGCCCAUCAGAGAAACCCUCCAACAGCGUCCCACAACCCUACAAGGCUCCCCUGUCUGUUCUGCCCUCCCUGGGCCCUGCUGCUCGCCUGGCCCCAGGGGCUUCAGACAACUGUGAUGACGUAAGCUUCGGCAAAUACGGGAAAAACGCCUACGUGUAGAGAGGCUUAGGCCACAGCUUCUGCUCUCUUCCGUCCAACCUGCUUGGAGCCAACUGGAGGAGGGGGCAUGAGCUCCCUAAAGUCCGACCUCGCCCCGGCGCUUUGGCUCCGCCUCUCUUCGAGCAAGCUCCGAGCACUCUAACCUACGUCUAGACCCCACCCUUACUCCGGCCCUGCUCCCAGGCUUUGCCCGAAUUUUCUUGUCCCAUGCCCUCCAGAGUGAUCUGGUGGGACGGCUUUCUCGCCAUUCCUUCUUGCCUUGGUCAGACUUUGGGAAACCCUGUGGGAUAUGGGGGUGGGGUGGAGAAACCACUGAGCAUGUGUAUUUUGUAUAAAUAAAAGUUUAUAUUGCAACCAUAGCAGUG